CCGCCAAAAGUACAAAUCUCCCAAACCAAGAACAGUAUAAAACUGUAGAGGAAGAUAGUUAUUUAAGAAUCUUAGGGUUUGAAGUUAAUACUAGAGGUAACCCACAGAAACAGUUAUGGGACACA